CUUUGCUCCGCUAUUUAUUUCUUCCGCUGCCACGUCGUUGAAACAACAUAUUAGGCCACAUUGAGCCAAUAUCACACUAGAGAGUGACAAGUGCUGCGCUUUUGUCCAUCCCUAGUCACCGAAUAUAAGAUAAAGAAUUUGGCUCGCAUGCAACACGGAAGCCUUCAUACAAGAGAGAAUGCUUAUGUACAUGUGUGCUGUGCAUGUGUGCUCUCUGUGUGCUGUGAGUUGUACGUAUAAGCUUCCAGGUGGUGGAGGUUUUCCAGCACAUCAAGACGCUCCUGCAUUCGUUCAGUUUGGCCAGUCAUCCCAUAUGACGGUAAUGUUUACCAUCGAUCCUACCACAAGUGAGAACGGCUGCUUGGAAGUAGUUCCGGGGUCACACAAGAAUGAAUAUGAGCGAGGAAUUUUACCGCAAGAAAAACAUGAUGGGUCAAUCUCAACAGAUUGGUGCAACAAGCAAGGGUGGAAGUCUGUCUACUGCAGACCUGGGUCGGUCCUGAUUUUUGGCGCUUAUUUGGCUCAUCGUUCUGGGGACAACAAUACCAGCAACUCGAGAAUCGCUGUGUAUCUCACUUAUAAUGCUGCUCGAGAGGGUGAUAUGCGUGACCACUACUAUGCAGAAAAGCGAAAGUUGUUCCCGCCAUCUUAUGAGCGUGAGGAGGGCAAGGAUUACAGUGAAGGUGCUGUCAUUUACAACCUCGCUACUCCCAUUAAAUCAUGAAAAGCUGCGCAUCAUAGUUUCUUUUCAAUUACAGUAGUAUCAGCUCAUUUUGCUUAUGACAUUUUAAUGAUAUAAGUACUUCAACCUUUCUUCUCCUAUAUAUACUACUACUACAUAACUAUACUUUGUUCCAUGAUGUUAAAAUUAUUUGCCGUGCAUACAAUCAAUCCUCCGCAAAGGUCAACCUUGGUAAAGCAAACCGUCAAUAAGAGUUCUUUUUCAUUUGUCUAUACCAACAUGAUCGUAUGUCAAUGCAGAUAAAAUAUCCAGUGAUUGGUAAUAGCAGAUGCAGUUAAUUAUAUGUACAAGCUUUUUAUGAGUUGUAUCAGAUAUGUAGUAUUGUAUAUAACAGAUAUUGUGCAGUAAACAAUGUCUCUAUUGUAUAUAUAUUUUCAGCUUAU